ACUCCUCCCAAAUCGUGCGAGAAAAACAAAACCAUCUGAAGCCCGUUUCUGUUUACGCACUUUCGCUGAGUGUUCUUUUCGCAUUGGUGCGGCUUGAGUGACAGUUAAUUUAAUUGCUGUUAUCCUGUGCAAAAUACUGCCUUUCGCAAUCGGCUGCGGGCAGCACAAUAUCUCCUACCCGUUCAUCACGUGUUUGCGAAGAUCAACAGCGAACAAGGUCCACUGAUCGGGCUUCGAGGUUGUGAGGAAAGAAAUACAAUUAACCGGGCGCUUGUGCGUUGGGCACCAUCGUAGGACGCCUAUGACUUGCCUGAGGGUUCCGGCAGAGGAGCACGGCGAAUGGCAGGAGGAGCCGAGAAAGCAGAACUCAAGUUUUGCGGUGUCUGCGGUGACAAGGCUUUUGGGUACAACUUUGGCGCCCUUACCUGCGAAUCGUGCAAGGCCUUCUUUCGGCGGAAUGCCAUAAAGAACAAGGAGUUCCGCUGUCUUUUCAAGGAUGAUUGUGAGGUGAACACACGGACUCGGAGGUUCUGCCAAAGAUGCCGCUUGCAAAAAUGCUUUUCGAUUGGCAUGAAGAAAGAGUGCAUCCUGAGCGAAGCUGAGAAGCAGGAGAAGCGUGCCAAGAUCGAGGAGAACCGUCUGAAGAGGGCUCUGAACCCACGACCCCCGGGCCAACGUCCUGACUCUUAUUGCUCCAAUAGCAAUGGCAUCACAGCUAAGGCGGCCGUUGGCAGCACUCCCAAUACCCCUCUGUCGAGUGUCACAGAAGACGAAGACAGCUCACCGGCCAAGGUGGCUCGCUACGCCGAAGAGGCCGUGUCGCCAGGCUCUGAAGCAUCUGGGCAGGAUGCUAGUGCCGGCCCUUCCAAGGUUCCUGCAGGCAGCCGCCACUCGGGCUGCCCGCUCGUCAAGCUGGAGAGUGCCAGACCCUGCGCUUCGGACUCUUGGUCCUCGGAUGACUUGCUAGAAUCGAGCAGCUCGGAUUCGGUGCAGCUGCCGAGUCGCAGGCGGUCCGGGGAGCAGUGCGGCUCUCAGCUGGCCCACGACCGAGCCAUCCGCAGUCAAUUCUGCCGAGCGACGUAUCCGGGACCCCAGGAGGUGCUCACGGAAGCGGAAACGAACCGGAUUCAGGAGCUCGCGACAGCCAACGAGGUACUGAAAGUUCCGCUGGCUUGCGACCCUGAGCCAAGCUUGGUCGACGUGAUCAACAUGACGGAUCACGCAAUCCGGCGCCUGAUCAAGAUGUCCAAGCGGAUCACUGCUUUCAAGAGCCUCUGCCAGGAGGACCAGGUGGCACUGCUCAAGGGGGGAAGCACCGAACUGAUGUUGCUUCGCUCGGUUAUGUCUUACGACGCCGAGCGGGACUGUUGGAAAGGUCCCGACCCGCGACUGAUGUCCAUCAAGCUGGACAUCCUCAAGGAAGCCCGUGGCAAUGUGUACGAAGAGCACAAGCGCUUCAUCAAUGCCUUUCGGCCCGAGUGGCGGAUUGACGAGAACAUUAUGCUUCUGCUCAGUGCCAUCACGCUGUUUACGCCAGAGCGACCGAAUUUGGUGCAUCGGGAUGUGGUCACGUUUGAGCAGGACACCUAUCUCUACCUGCUGAGGCGUUACUUAGACACCAUUUACACAGGCUGCGAGAGCCGUUCUGUCUUCCUGCAGCUGAUUCGGAACCUCGAGGACAUGCGCACGCUCAACGAGAACCAGGUCAGCAUCUUGGUUGACCUGAAUCCACGCGAGGUGGAGCCGCUGCUCAUUGAGAUCUUCGACCUCAAAUAGUGCUGCCUCGUCGGAGCCUUCUGUUGAUGAAACAAAUCCGCAGUGUGCAGCAAAGGCUGUCUCACUCUGUGUUGGCCGGGGGAGGACGAUGCGGCUGAAGGUGCAUUUUGUGAUAUUCCCUCUAGGUGGUGCCGGUUGUCGCUGCCUCUUCUUUUGGGGGGUGGCGUGGUGGAACUGUGGUUUUUAUUUUUGGCUUCACCCAUUGGAUUCCUUCAUAGCUGUGUUUUCUUGACGUGGGUCAAUACUCAUUGAGUCCUGUUUAGCCGUGGAGAUUUAAAGUGAGUUACCAUCGGAGCUGCUACACCAAGCAGCUAUCCAGCUGCAAGAUUGCCAGAAGUGUGCAUCACUUGCUCACACGCGUGACUGAGAUGCAACAUACCCUUACACUAUUCUAUGCAAAGGUUAUCUAGAUGGCCGGUGCUAAACUUUGUAUCUUUAUUUGUUGUUGGCUUUUUUUUAACAUCUGGAAGCUGAAUAUUGCAGUAUAGUUUUUAUGAAUUUUUCUUUUUACUAGAGACAUGUCAUUUUGCAUGUUGUGCAAAGAAAUACUAGGUUUGUAGUUGGGUGUUAAUGAAAUGCUUAUACUCUGCUUUAUGGAUCGUGUGCAAUGCAGCCUCAGGUAUGCAAUGUUUUAAAGUAGCUGACCUUUUAACCCUUUCACUGCUGCAAAAGCCUAGUUUGCCUGUAUUUUGUUCAGGAUGUUGGCAGUAGCUUUGAGUUGAAGCCGAUAGCUCUGAAAAAAGAUUGAGUGUUAACACAGUGGGUGCACCCGUUGUACUGCUUUAAACUUGCCUAGUGGUGGCACCACACCCGUAGCUCAAGCAGGUUCCUUUACUUGCACACCUGACACAUUUUAAGACAGGCACUUGAUUUUAGCUUUGGUUCUGCUACGAUUUUUGAGGUGAAGGAAACAUGAAGUUGAGACCUUACACUUGUAGCUUUCUGAGAAUUCGAGCAAAGCAUACAUUGCCAGGAAAACAAGGUUCAUCUUUAGCAGUGGGAAUUUCCUCUGCCACCUUGUAUUUGUGAGUCUUGCAUUGGUGCACUCGUUGGCCACAAGGGGCUGUCAAACGGGUGGCAUGUAGUUUAGGAACAAUGCUUGAAGCAUUCUGCAUUCGAGACUCAUGGUUUCCUCUGUUACUUUCGAUUUGGCCAAAUGUCAUGAGUGAACCCGAGCAGCCCGCCUUAGCAUGUCGUAUAUCCUCACGAGAAGAACUAUACAGGGUGUUUUACCAACUAUUGAAAAGGCACUUGAAAGGAAGAAAUAAUUUCUUCGGGAUUACCUUAUCAACUGCGAAGUAUGUCAGGUUAAGAGUAAAGUAGUAAUGGGCGAAUUAAUUGCCUAGAAUUCACCCAUCCCAUAGUUCAGAAAACUAGGUUUCAGGACUCGCUCCAAGUAUCAUGACAUGAAAUGUGUUGGAAGCUUUACAAUAACGGUACUGUGAAUGGCAGCAUCUGGCAGAGCCCAUGCUUUUCAUGUACGAGGGGUGAUCAAUAAGUUUUGCCUCCUAGGCUGUAAUUUUUAAUGCGAAAGCAUUAACUGGUCCCAUGGAGCGGAGCCGACGCUGUCUGUCCACCAAAAACGGCACCUAAAUUCCCAUUGGCUGCAACACGUCAUGUGGCUCCAUAGCAAUGGUGUCAUUGUUGCUAAGGGGCCAGCCGAACAGCUGGCGGAGCAGGAGGAGGGUGGGACUUGGGUGUGCGCUGGGCUGACUUUAGCACGUGCCGCUCAAUUAAUGCUCAAGGACGACGCCAUUCUCGCGUCGUCCUAGACAUCGUCCUCUAGGCGUCAUUCUCGACGUCGUCCUUAAGGUUGCCCUAGAGGUCGUCCUAGAGGUCGUUCUUGACAUCUUCCGAGAGGUCGUCCUCGGCGUCGUCCUAGAUGCCGUCCUUGACGUCGUCCUAGAGGUUGUCCUAGACGUCGUACAUGGCGUCGAUCUCUAGGACGUCUUUCUCGACGUUGUCCCCUAAGUCGUCCUAAAGGUCGUCCUAGAGGUCAUCCUGGGUAUCGUUCUUGACGUCUUCCUCGACGUCCCCCUAAACGCCGUCCUUGAUGUGUGCAUGGCAACGCAGAUACUUCCUCACGGAAGCCGUGAAGCCUUUAAUACGUGUAGAAACAUCACUUGAAAACAUUUCACCCAUGGGACUAUAAUGUUUUCACAUUCGUACACGUAACCAGUCUUAAGUGUCCUCCUGUAAUUUUUUUAUUCAAUAAUGGUGUUGAAAGAUGCUACGUUCGAAUGAAAGUUUGGAAUCUCCUCUUUCCCAGGAGCAUAUACCAUAAUAUCGAGGGGGAGCGCCCACCCCUUUCACUGAAAACUGGGUUAAUCUACACAUGGGCGCUUGUCCGAUCAAAUUGGGCGCUUAACAUAUAAUUUGCAGAAUUCUCAACUUUGGGCAGUGUUAAUAGUGGGCUUUUGAACCUAGUGGCCGCUUCUGUGGCACACGGCAUCGGUAACCUCGUAGUCGUAUGCAAGCCGUGUACCCUUUAGAUGUUCCUCUAUCUUGGAAAACAGCCAAAAGUCUGAUGACACGAGGUCCAGGCGGUAAGGUGAAUGAGGCCAACCAUCUUGGAACUGUAGCUCCUCCAGUGCGGCGUUGGUCUCAGCGCGGCGUUGGUUUCAACCAUCUACGACGGCAUGCGGACAGUAGUGCUCCCGUAGCGGAAGUGCAUCACUGCCGGUGGGGACUAUAUUGAAAAGUUGUGUGCUCCUGGGAAAGAGGAGAUUCCAAACUUUCAUUUGAAUGUAGCUUGCUUUCAAUUUCAUCAAUGAAUAAAAAAAGUCCCGGCCUAGGAGGCAAAACUUGUUGAUCACACCCGUCGGCAACCAUGGACCAUAGCAAUGCCACCAAACAAUGUGGGCUUGAUGUCCGUGAUUGCGUUUGCCACAAAAACACCAAAGGCACUUUAGUAAUAGUGAACACUAAAUGGUAAUAGCAAACAUUAAAGAAGAGAAAAACAAAAAGGCAUGAUAAGAGGCAAUAAGCUAGUCCUUAGCACAGUCUGGUGUGGGGGUUAAAGGGAUGGUGAACCGAAAUUUGGAUUUAAAAAAAACUAUGGCUGGAGAUGUAGGCGGGACGCUACAAUCCCUACAGCAGUGCUAGUAAGGCGAUAUCUCAAAUGGACGGCCGUAUUUUUGGAAAAAGAAGUCGAGAUUGAACCAGGCCGACGAGGCGCGUGACUGUCAAGAUACCUAGUUUCCUCCUCUUUUCGCAUCGCUCCCUCAAAGCCGCGAGGCGGAGAAGACGCGAGGCCGUUCCCUCUCCUUCUCGGAGAAACAUGACUUCAACAUUUCUGCCAAAUGCGGCUCUUUUUUUGAAAAAUACUGUCAUCUGUUCGAGAUAUCGCUGUAAGGGUGAUGUUUUGGUGUUUGUAGCAUCGCGUUGCACGCUUUUGCCACGUGUUUUGGGGAAUCCAGAUUUCGGUUCACCAUCCCUUUAAAAGGCUGAUAGGCCGGGCCCCCUUUCUGAGAGAAAAAUCUAAUUUUGUAUUUCUAACGCAGUGACCUUCGAACUUGACACAGCUCAUCCACUUUGAUUCCAAAAUGUUGAUUUCUUAAGCAAAAAGCAAAACUUUCUGUCUCCUUGGCAAAUGAAAAAGCAAACUUGUUGGUGUUUCCAGAAAACCCACUUUGAUGUAAGCAUUUCUUUCACCACUUCGGCUGAGCUAGGCCACUUCAGUUACCAGAAAAAACUCGUAAGAUAAAGUUUCUAAAUUGAAAUAUUAUUUCAGACAAGGGUUUGGGUGCUGGGUCAAAAUUAAGCAUGUAGGCAUCAGACGAGGCCCCAGCCCGAGUUAUAGCACCUGGUGAUAAAAUAAUUGUACGAAGGGAACAAAAGAACAAAAAAAAGACACUUAAGACUGCUUGCAUGUAGGAAUGUGAAAGCAUUCCUACAUGCAGUGCAUUCCUACAAGCAGCACGCCACGUUUUCCUUUUUGACGCGGCGCUCUGGCGGUGACAUCAUGCUUCCCCACUGCGCAGGCGCAGUGCCCCGCUAGUUCCACGGCUUUCGUGACGAUGCAUCUGCGUUGCUGUGCUUUUCUUUGUGUUUUAUUUCGGAGGUGCGUCCGCUUCGACCUUGAGCGCUCUGCCGGCUUCCGUGACGAAGCAGCUGCGUUGCUGUGCUUUUGGCCAAUGGGAAUUCAGGUGCUGUUUUCGCUGCUACAGACAACGCCGGCUUCGCUCCAUAGGGCAGUUAAUGCUUUCGCAUCAAAAGAGGCUGAAAAAGCACAUUAACGCAGACACUUUAAAAUUGUUUGAUGAAGAACUGAGUAUAUGGUUUCCGAGUGACAGGAAGGAUAGGAGGUUAGACUUUACACUAAGGGAAUUAUAGCAUGUUUGAAUCGUAGUGGGAAUGGCAAGUUCAAAGGCGACUAUCGUAAGAUACUGCGGGAGCACCCACCCCACUUUCAGUCAAAACUGGGUUAAUCUAGGGAGCCUUCAUAUGCGCUUUGCUAGGGUGAUGCCACCCUUUGUAAUACCACUCGCCGACAAACCAGCAGCCAUUUUGGUCUCGGCAAUAAUCCGGGGGGCUUAUAACCCUCCCGGAAACAAGCACCUUAUCUCACAAGUUCGGAGCAGCGUUGUGGAACCCACGGAGGGAGUAUUAGCAUUUCCCCCCUCGGAUGGGAGGACCGAUGGACACAAAGGCCACUUUCCGGCGCACGGGGAAACAAUGAGGAACAAAAUGGCGGUGGAAGAGGGUGUGGGAAAGGGAAACAGGCAGUUGGCAUCACUCUAUGCGAAGCGCACAUGAAGGCACCCUAGGUUAAUCUAGGCAUAGGCACUUGUCCGGUCAAAUCGGGCAUUUAACGUAUGAUUCGCAGAAUUCCCAAGUUUGGGAAAUGUAAAUAGUGGGCGCUUGAACGAAGUGGGCACUUCCGCAGUAUUUUACACUAUGUUGUCAAAUAAAACAUUUUUUUUUUAUUCAUGAUUACUUAUCACACGCUGGCAGAUUACUAAUUGAAUGCACUUCAUAUAUUGCUGGAAUCAUUUCUUUGAUGUGACUAUAACACAAGCUAUGCCCACAAACCUGUAGCUCCGGGAAUUUUUUUUUUCUUAUUUUUUGUGGAUCUUUACAGCAUGGGGACACCUCCUCAAGCUAGAUGACCGUGCUCGCAACUUCUGCUUAAAGGGAUCAUGAGUUUCUAAAGCAUCUUUUCAACAGACAUGGCUCUCCAAACACAUUCCUUAACCUCUCUGGUUCUUUCCACCCCUCCACUGACUAGCUUUAUUCUUGCCUUGAGGCGGUACUUCGGAAGGAUACUUGAAGAAUUAUCGUGAUGGCUGGUAUGAUGGAUAACCUUGAACUCUCGGACAUAGCUGCGUAGGCAUAUGCAGCAGCUAGGGCCGUUAGCUCCCCUACACCCCUUACCUCCAUUGCAUGAAUUGCAAGAUGUUUACAUGAAUUGUGUAGGCCCCUACCCCAACGAGAUUGUGGGCAAUUGAGAAGCUGGCAGGCUCGUCGUGGCCCGAGUGGUCGCAAGUGUGCUCGCCUACUUGUGCCCAGCUGAUCUCGUAGGGGAGAUAUAGGGUCACGGUAUGCGGCUCGUGAAUUGUGCACUCUGUUGUGCCGGUGGUAUCCCUGAAGCUUGCGCUGCAUAGCUCACAAUCCAUGAAACUGAGCGGAGGCUGAGGCAUUCACUCUGAAUUGGCACAUUGCAAAGCCAGGGCAUACGCUGCCUUGCAAGUACUAUGUGACAGCAAGGUUGUUUUUCCUAGACCUUCGUGGUUUAUUUUUUAUGCUUUGGUGCUCAUGCAAGGUUUCAUGUUCAUUUAAGUCGUCCAAGAUAUCGACGCUGCAGUAAACGUUUUUUACCGUUUCAAAUUAUUAUUGAUAUAAUCACCUUCAGCUACCUUGAAAACCAAAUGAAUGAGCAGUUGAUUCAGUUAUUUUUUGAAAAUGUUUCAUGUUGGCCAUUUCAUUUUAUUUUUUAUAAACUUUGUUUUAUGUGGCAUUAUUUAGAAAUGAGGCAAUAGGUGUUGUGGAUAAGCAGUUUGGGAUGGUUUCGCAGUAAGACCUCAAACACCACUUUGAAAUAUUUUGCUCCAUGGUCUGGCUAUAUUGUGGACUACUGUGCCUUACUAUCAAUGCAAAUUUAGGCUAAACUGUGAUGUCAGCAUAUUUGUACUUGACUGUUGGCUUUCUGGGCCCAAGCCUUUGCUGGGAGGUCAUCAGAAAUGUUGGCAAAGGGGGCAGGGGCUCUCUCCAGAUAUGUCUAUAUUUUCCAAAUACUUGAGUUCUGGAACCCUAUGAAGCCCUCCCAUUUUUCUGUGGUCCCAGCAGUUUCCACAAGGUACUGUUUUAAAUACUUAGCAGCGACAUGUUGCUGCCAGUAUUGUAGUGUCUUUGCUAUAGCUUGUGACUAGCAUUGUUCACAAAUGGUCAAAUUUUUUUGAGUGAAAACAUUGCCACAUAGCUGUCUGUUAAGAGGACUCUCACUACAAGCAUUAAUGAUCUUGCAGGCAUUGCGUGCAUCAUAAUACCUCGGAUCUCAAAGGCUACCAAGGGAAUGCUCUCUCGAGAAGGGAGCUUAGUGAGACAGAGGGUGGAGCACAUGUUAAACCAAAGAACUCUAGAAAUAAAAGCUAGAAACAUCAUGGGACGUUAUGUUGGAUUUGCUCAUUAAAUUCGGCCUAAUAAAUGGGUCUGGGGGCAGGUUUUCACCGGUUUCUAAAACAUGUUGGAACACGACAUGUCUUUCCAGCUGUGCUGCAUGCACUGCAACAAAUGCUGUAUGUUUAUUGUUAAGCAUAACAUUACAAGGUGCUCUAUUCUCGUAUGGGGAUGCAGUUCGUUAAACUGUCCAUUCUAGUCACAGCCAAUAUUCGUGGCGUGUUAAACCACUGGUUUGUAAAACAGUGGUAGGGAUCAAGCUGUUGCAUCAUUUUGGGAGAAUGUGAUGUUAUGACCUUCCAGAGUUCCUGUUUAGGCAUUCACCUUAGAGCAAGCAAAUGAAGCUGUUUGCUCCCAGGUUGUAUUCGAGUGUUAAAUAAACUUUUAGGAAACAAC